CUGGCACCCGCUCCGCCGCUGACACACGGUAGCGGGGACACCCGACGCCGCUAGCGACAGGCGCGUCCCAGAGGGGACGCUGCACUUGGGGACUCGGUGCGGCGCGACUGGCCCGACGAGCAGAGGAAACAUUCAAACUGGAUUUUUAAUCGUUAGUAAGUCAGUGAGAGAUCAGAAGUUGCAGAAUGCAAUCCCGAGUAAAAAUCUCCAAAAGAAUUACUUCAAAUAACAGAGGAAAGAAAAUUGAACUACCACCUUAAAACCCUGGUCUAGAAAAACAUAUUACACAUGAUAGGAAGUUAUAACUGGAGAAAUUUAUUUGGCUCUUAAUGCACCUGAAUGAAAGGAAUUGUCACACUGUUUCUCAGGACUUGUAGAUCUGAGAUUAUUUUAAUAAUAAAUUGUUUUAUAAAAAUCUUGACAUGAUCAGCAGAGAGAAGAAACAGCAAUAGCUAAAACCUGUGUGUUGGUCAAGAUGACUUCUGAAGAAAUGGCAGCUUCUGUUCUCACACCUGUGACUCAGAGAAAGGUGACAUCGUCUCCGUCGGCUUUAGAUGAAAGUAGUGAAAAGGUCUCAGACGUCAGUGUUCCGAAGGCACAUAGUGUCAGGCAGAGUGGUCAGACUUCCACCAUCUCACGACUGAACAAGCUUAAAGAAGAAUCCUCUGGAAGCAACUUGCCCAAGAUUGUCUCCAUAGCAAGGGAGAAAAUAAUGAGUGAUGAGAACAGCAAUGAGAAGUACUGGGAGGAAAGCAUGCCAGAUUCUGUGAAAAACCUCAAUAUUAACUGCAACAACGUACUGAAAAACAGCCAGUGCAGCCUUCCUCAGAGCCAGUGUUAUGACACGUGCGAUUCUGUCAUGGAGGAAGGCCUGUGUUUGGAAACUGGAAUCCCAUCCUCACUGGAAAGAAAGGUGUUCCCUGGAAUUCAACUGGAAGUGGACGGACCUCCCAUGGACAUUAGUCCCUUAGGAAAUCAGUCGGCCAUCAUAGAGAGCAGCCGGGCACACCCUGACGGCAGCAUGGCAGCAUUUCACUUUCAUUAUGAAGUCGACAGAAGAAUGUCAGACACUUUCUGUACCUUGUCAGACAACCUGAUUUUGGAUGAUUGUGGUAACUGUGUACCACUGCCUGGUGUUCGUGGGGAGCGACAGAAAAAUUAUAUGGCAUAUACUUGUAAACUCAUGGAAUUGGCAGAAAACUGUGAUAAUAAGAAUGGGCAGCUGCAGUGUGAUCAUUGUGACGCCUUAAAUGACAGAUACUUGUGCUUCGAAGCUUCUUGCCAAAGGGCCGAUGCGGUGUGUUCAAGUGACAGCUUUUGCAGGGAGGACUUUACUAACAGUCCACCUGCCAAGACCUUUCUGAGCCAUUUUGAGGACUUCCCUGAUAAUUGUGAAGAUGUAGAAGAAGAUUUUUUUAAGAGCAAAAAGGAGAGGUCCACUUUGUUAGUGAGAAGAUUUUGUAAAAAUGACAGGGAAGUAAAGAAAUCUGUAUAUACUGGGACAAGGGCGAUCAUGAGAACUCUGCCUUCUGGUCACAUUGGGCUGGGAGCUUACAGUUACAUUGAUCAGAAGAGAAGUGGUCUCCUGCUGCCCUGUGGGAGAGUUCUGGAACGGCGGUCAGCGGUGGCAGUUAGGGAAGAUGGGAGCUGGUGCCUGUCAGAAGCUCAGUGGUAUUCGACCCUCCAAGAGGCUGCCCUUCUCUACAUGUGGGUCCCAGAAUUUCCUCACAAAACUGGGUUGUACUCCUUUUCUAUCCCCUUCCUCAAAUCCUCCAUCCUGUCCAGGCCCCUGGUACCUUUUCCCUUCUACACUCAGCAGUUCCUCUCCCAGGCUCCACGCCCUCCUGACCUGUCUGAGCUCAGUGAUGACUCUGGCUCCUGGAAACCUGGUGGUCUCUAUUCGCUCAUCGUUGCCUAUUGUGAUGGACCAGAAAAUACUCAGACACCUCCACAUCCAGGAGGCCAAGCACAGAAGAGGCUCCAGCACCCUGGAAACACCAAUGAAUAA